ACAAGCGUUUUGCCUUUCCUUGAGCGGAAUUGAGUUUUGCACGAAUAAUCAUUUGAAGAACUUCAUCGUGUCUUGUAGUUGUGAAAUCUACGCUUUAAUUUCAGCAAAAAUUUAUUGCUUUGUUUUCUGUUUUAAAGUCCAAUAACAAAUACUCGUCAAAAUGUUUGAAGCUCGUUUGAACAAUGCGACUAUACUCAAAAAAAUCUUGGACGCCAUCAAAGAUUUGCUCAAUGAAGGCACCUUCGACUGCAGUGAUUCUGGUAUACAGUUGCAAGCUAUGGACAAUUCACACGUCUCUCUUGUUUCAUUGACGCUACGUUCGGAUGGCUUUGAUAAGUUCCGCUGUGAUCGCAACCUUUCGAUGGGCAUGAAUUUGGGCAGCAUGGCAAAAAUUUUGAAGUGCGCUAACAACGAUGAUACUGUAACAAUCAAAGCGCAGGACAAUGCCGAUACUGUAACAUUUAUGUUCGAGUCACAGAAUCAAGAAAAGGUGUCUGACUACGAAAUGAAAUUGAUGAAUUUAGAUCAGGAGCAUUUGGGUAUACCGGAAACUGACUAUUCUUGUGUUGUACGCAUGCCAGCAAUGGAAUUUGCCCGAAUUUGUCGUGACUUGGCGCAAUUUAGUGAAUCUGUAGUGAUUUGCUGCACUAAGGAAGGUGUAAAAUUCUCGGCGUCGGGUGAUGUUGGCUCAGCCAAUGUGAAAUUGGCGCAAACUUCAAGUGUCGAUAAAGAAGAUGAAGCAAUCGUGAUCGAAAUGCAAGAGCCAGUCGUAUUAACAUUUGCUUGUCGUUACUUGAAUGCAUUUACAAAGGCGACGCCACUCUCAAAUCAGGUGCAGCUGUCGAUGUCGGCCGAUGUGCCACUAGUGGUUGAAUAUCGUAUAGCUGAGUUAGGACAUAUACGCUACUAUUUGGCGCCGAAGAUCGAAGAUGACGAGAAUUAAGCAUAGAUUGCAAACCUUUGCACUGAAUUGGUAUAUCUCACUUUUGUAUUUCGUAUAAGCAACUAUUAAAUAUUAACUAAUUUUAAGGAUUAAAGUAUGUAAUAAUACCGUCUGUAUUGCUUACAUUUCAGAAACGAUAUAUACAAACAUAACACAUUUGCAUUUACCAUGUAAGGCAAUUGCUGCAAAUUUGCUAAAUAAAUUUAGAAUACAAUUGAGUACAA